CACACACACACACACACACACACACACACACACACACACACACACACACACACACACGCACACAUACACACACGCACAUGCAUACAUACACACAUAUACAGAUAGGAUAGUAAUAUAUAUAUUAUAUUUUAUAUAUUAUAUAUAUAUAUAUAUACAUAUAUACAUAUAUAUAUAUUAGAUAUUAUAUAUAUACAUAUAUAUAUAUAUAUUAUAUAUAUUUACAUAAUAUAAAUAUAUAAUAUAUAUGCAUAUAUAUAUAUAAUAAAUAUAUAUAUAAAUUUGCGUUUGUGUCCCGGGAAUUAGAGAACUUGGAAAAGGUUGUGGAGGUACUUAGAAGUGUAGUUGGAGGGAAUUUGUUGUUGAUUGCUGGGGUUAUAAGGGCAUGAAGCAAACCCCCUACCCGCCACAAAUACAGCUACCUCGACGCCAUCCCGAUCCACUUUCGUGUCCCAUUGCAAUCCCACUUUUCACCCGCAAAUCAUUGUACAUAACAUAGACGUAAACAUUUAGAAAAAAAAAAAAAAAAAACACAAAGCAUAUCACAUGUAGAUAUACAACUCACUCACACGUAGACACACGCACAUAUACAUACACGCAGAGAUACAUAAAUAUUUAUAUAUGUAUAUACCUAUAUGCACACGUGUGUUUCCAGAGUACAAACACAUAUAAGGACAGACAUCUACACAUGCUCAUCUUUCGUAUCUACACGCAGAAAGUGUUUUACUAAAGUGCACAAAAUUCCUUCCGGUGAGAUCAAUUGCUCCUACCCUUUACUUCUGCUGAAGACGGCAGUUUUAUAGUGUUAGCUUUUAACUUGACUAAGCUUUUGUUUCUGUUUACACAUCUGUGUCGUAGCAUCACUGCACACACACACACACACACUCACACACACAAGCACACACACAUAAUUUUACACGCAAACACGCCCGCAUACCACGUCACCACAUGAGUGUAUAUAUCACCAUGUAGGUGUGUUUAUGUAAUGUAUACUGUAUAUAAUGCAUCUGACAAAAAACGGUGACCGUUACUCAAUGCCUGCGUUACUGAAACCAGUAGGAUUUGUCACCAUGACCACCAUGACCGCGGACAAUGCCGUUGACGUUACGUCGAUGUCAGAGUCAACGUCAACGCUAAAAUCAACGUCUGCCACGGCGACGGCAGCCACGACGACGAUCGGGUGUAACGCCGCCACCGCCACUACCAUCACCACCAACACUACCACAAACACUUCUACAGUCACCGACGUCACCGCUCAACCGUUGGAAAUAUUUACGUCAUCAGCGUUACUAGCAACGCCACGUUUGACGUCAACGUCGACGUUAGACCAAAUGAUCUGUUCGUCUGGUAAACGUCGUAAUGAAGCGCACCUUGACGACGUGUCGUGGAGCAGGCUCGAACCCGCUCCUUUUCCCGUAGACAAUACAGCUGGCAAUCGUGUUGUUGUCAGUUCUUAUACAGCCGGUGUUCGAAAGUGCGACUGUGAUGCUUACACGGCUAGAGGUAGUAGCAUGAGCGGUGAGGGAACGUGUAGGGUAGGCAUUAGGCAUUGUAAGGGGGUCAGCUGUUGUUCGAGCGGGAUGGAUUUUCCGCGUGACAGUAGCGGAGGUGGUGGUAAGAGUAUUUAUGUAAGCGGUGUUAGCAACACCGACAGUGAUACUAUUUAUACGGGCAGUGUUAGCAACAAUACAGAUAGCAGUGUACACAGGACAAGUAGCGUCGACGUUAGCAACAACGGAGGCAGCAGUAUUUAUAUGGGCAGCAUUAGCAGCACUACUACAGCUACUGACAGUGAUAUUUAUACGGGCAGCGUCGGGUUUGAUAGUAAAGAAGAUAUUUAUACUGACAGAGAGAACAGUCGCCAUGUACAGCACAGUGUGUACAACGACUGUUUGUCAAAUCACAAACCACUCUAUCAACAUUAUAACACAAACACCUUUGUUCGCCACACAGAUCAAAGUGCAAUCACACAACAACACCAACAGUACAAGUGCCGGCAAAGUGAAGUGCCUAAACCACAUAGACAUAACACACACACGCAUCAUGCUAGGGCAUUGUUGAAAACUUCCUACAGCAUGAACACGCUUCCCACAUUAUCUAUUUUCUGCCUGUUGCUGUUAAACCUGGCCGGAUCAACUUACGCAAAUAUAUGCCCCAAAGUCUGUUUUUGCCAGGCCGCAAUGAACCACGUAGGUUGCUCUAAAAAGAACUUCACCGAAAUCCCCGAUCUUAUACCAAGUGAUACAAAACAGUUAAGUCUGAACGGGAAUUUAUUUUCCAACAAGGUUUUGGUUCGGAAAAAUUUCUCGCGCCUUUCCAACCUUGAAGAUUUAUUCCUCAAUGAAUGUGGUAUUGAAGUGAUAACGCUGGACACAUUUGCAGAUCUGAGGCAUUUAUGCAUGCUGGAUUUAAGCAACAACAAAUUACGUUUUAUCGAGGACUAUACAUUUAGAGGACUGUCUUUAAAUCAUUUGCUUUUAAACAGUAAUCCAGGGAUCCAGUUCGCACCAAAAGCCUUCACGGGGUUCAGAACAAUUGGUCUUCAUCUCAAGAAAUGUGGUUUACAUAAUCUGUCACUUGAAGAAAUACGACCGCUAAACGGGACGGUAAAUAUCAUUUGGUUAAACAAUAAUAAUUUCAGGUAUCUUUCAGAGGAAUGGUACUAUUUGCUCAAGAAUUUCGAGCAUGUUCGACUGGAAGACAAUCCAAUGCAUUGCAACUGUGAGUUAGCUUGGCUCUAUCGAAUGUUUAUUAAUAAUUCCAACCUCUUCCCUAAGGACAAACUCAUGUCGUGCGCAUCACCGAGGCGUCUGAAAUCAAAGACUUUUGACAUGUUAACUCUCGAUGAUUUCCAGUGUCAGCUACCGAUAUUCGAAGGGGUUGAUGUUUUAGUCGGUCCUCAUGUAGGAAAACUCAGCUGCAGAGCAAAAGCGGACCCGUCGCCAAAGUUGUACUGGCACAAACCCGGUGGCCUGACCGAAACUUUCCUUCCUUCGAAAGACCGUGCGAUAAAAACCAACAGAGCUGUGCUUUACAUACACAAUCAUCACACCAGCAUUAGUUCUCAUUAUCAGUGUGUAGCUAACAACCCAGCUGGAAAUGUAACCUUCAACCUACAAGUAACGUGGCCCCAGAGAGAGUCCGAAAACAAGAACAAUCUUAUAACCACACUUCCUACCGAAAGCAGCUUACCGAAAUCCCACAGCAGAAGUUCCAACCAAACUAUGAACAUGGGUGAUUUAACCGUCGAUGUUUUAUUUACAUUGAUGGAGCUGAUAGGGGCCGUUAUCGGAACAUUCCUGCUCACGUUCUUGCUUUGUCUUUUGAUCUUCCAUUUCUUCGGAAGGCAACCACGUCCGAUGGGUCCACAAGAGAAAGAACAUUCAGAAAAACGUCGAACCCCGGAGAAUCAUUAUGUUAUGGCCGAUAUCGAUGAGAGUUCGAUCAAAAUGAUGGAACACAAGGAUUUAGUUAGUUAAUGGUGGCAUCGAUUUAAAAAAAAAAACAAAAGAAAUAACAAAAACCAAACCAAAACAAAAGAACAACCAAACAAAUUUAAUAGUAAAUAAGAAAAUCCAAAGGAAAUUAAAAAACUCAGAGUAUCAAUAAAAUAUAAACAAAAACAAACAAAAAACUGAACAUGGAAAUUGGAGAAACUCCCAAAUGUGGCCACCACAACCCCAGCCUCAAAGAUACAAGGAACAAGAAACAAAUUUUUUAAAAAUAGCAUCAACAUUACUAUUAUUACAAUCACUACUGCUACUACUACUACUACUACUACUACUACUACUACUACUACUACUACUAUGGAGUUUGUUUGCCCCGGGAUAUUUUACCACAUGGAGCAAACACUGGCACUCCAACGGGCCUAACCAGAAUUUCAUAUGACAUAUAUAUAUAUAUAUAUAUAUAUAUAUAUAUA